UUCCCUCGAGGGGCGGGGACGCAAGGUAAAGAGUCUGGAGCGGACCCUGGGAGAGUCAGAAGCACAUCCGGUGUUAGAAGAGCUGUGUGGGCUCCUGAGAGGCGGGUUAGAAGAGCGGAGGCUGUGUCCCACAGACACUAGCAUCAUGAAUAUAUUUGAUCGGAAGAUCAACUUCGAUGCACUCUUUAAAUUUUCCCACAUAACCCCCUCGACACAGCAGCACCUGAAGAAGGUUUAUGCCAGUUUUGCCCUCUGUAUGUUUGUGGCGGCUGCGGGGGCCUAUGUCCAUGUGGUCACCCAUUUCAUUCAGGCUGGCCUGCUCUCUGCUUUGGGCUCUUUGGGGUUGAUGAUUUGGCUGAUGGCAACACCUCACAGCCAUGAAACUGAGCAAAAAAGACUGGGACUUCUGGCUGGAUUUGCUUUCCUUACAGGAGUUGGCCUGGGCCCUGCUCUGGACUUGUGCAUUGCCAUCAACCCCAGCAUCCUUCCCACUGCCUUCAUGGGCACAGCAAUGAUCUUCACGUGCUUCACCCUGAGUGCACUCUAUGCCAGGCGCCGUAGCUACCUCUUUCUAGGAGGUAUCUUGAUGUCGGCCAUGAGCCUGAUGCUCUUGUCUUCCUUGGGGAACCUUUUCUUCGGAUCUGUUUGGCUUUUCCAGGCAAACCUGUACAUGGGGCUGGUGGUCAUGUGUGGCUUUGUCCUUUUUGAUACUCAACUCAUUAUUGAAAAGGCUGAAAAUGGAGAUAAAGAUUAUAUCUGGCACUGCGUUGACCUCUUCUUAGAUUUUGUAACUCUCUUCAGAAAGCUCAUGAUGAUCCUGGCUAUGAAUGAGAAGGAUAAGAAGAAGAAGAAGUGAAGCAGCCAUCCAGCUUUCCCCAAUUUGACUUCCUCUCCCUCCGCCCCUCAUUUCCUCUUUGCACACAUUACAGGUGGCGUGUUCUGUGAUAAUGAAAAGCAUCAGAAAAGCUUUUGUACUUUGUGGUUUUCUCUAUUUUGAAUUUUUUGAUCCAAAAAACUGAUUAGCAGAAUAUAGUUUGGAGUUUGGCUUCUUAUUCCUGGGGUUUUUCCCCGCCCCCGUUUUCUGUCAGCCCCCACCCCUAGCUUCUUCCUCUGCUCAAGCAGCCAGCCCACCGUGAUAAGGAGCAGGGUCUGCAGCAGAGGCAAGCUCCAAGAGUCCGCUCUCUGGCCGAGCUUCACCAAGUGGACCCGGACUGUUUGGUAAAGACGCCUCGGCCCUUCCUUCCUCAGCGUUGUUUGGUUUCUACACAGUUCCUGUGGGACUAGGCAGUGUGUUUUCCACUGGAAAGACUGCUGGUCCCAUUGUUACUUGGGCUCAUAUCUGAGCUAUCAGCCCCUACAAGGAAAACGGAAAGCCUCUUCUGGUGGAUGCUGAGCUUCCUCUGAGCUGCCCAAGUCUCCGCUGGUCUGGCAAACACACCUUUCUGCCUUGCUAUCACAAAAGGAAUAUGGAUUUGUUUGUGUUCCCUCCCCAAUCUCUUAUCUGAUCCUCAGGGAAUCUGCCUGCUCUCCUUCCAUGGGGGUGGGAGGAUUUCAGUACAAAGGGAAAUUCUUGUCAGGUCUUUAUGAAAGGCUGAUUAUGUAUGGCAAGAUAUGGAAAAUUCCCAAACUGUCUCAGUCUUUUUUUUUUUUUAUCACUAUCUUGAUUACUGAGUGGCCUCUAUUAGGUGACUAUGAUUAAGGAUCCCAGGACAGGAAGGAUAAGGAAGGGGCAUGGUUGUGCCUCUAGGGUGAUUGUAACUAAUCCUCCAGACAAACCCAGAUAAGGACCUGCUUGAGGCAGGAGAGAGCAAAAUCUCCACUAAGGGCAUCUUUGUUCAGACCAGGGGAACUGGCUGUGAUGACUCAGGAGGCAGCAUUCGGAACAGUCCUUAGGUGCAUUUUUGUCUUAUCCCACCUGAGCACUAAUAAGUAGUAUCAGGCCAGAGAUUUGGGGCAGUUGAUAAAUGUCCGUUUUACAGAUGCACUUUUAGGCUUUGGUCUGUUCACUGGUUCUAGAAAUCUGCAGCUGCCUUUAGGCAGGGGCCGGGUGACCAAACCUCUGAUUUCCUGCAACUUUCUGUUUGCAAGUGUAGGGGGCAGUACUAAUGGGGAUCACCAGCUGCUCCCCGUGAGCUGCCACAGUCAGCUGGCCCAGAAGGGAAGGCAACCUUGGGAAUGGCUUUGGCUGUCCACAGAGCUUCAGCCUAAGGAGGCUGGAGCCAUUGAAAACUCAUUGCCCAUAGGACACCAUUUUUGGCUUUCCUUGUUCACAACCAGUAUAUACAGUUUGACCCAGUGGCUGCUGGUUUGCAGUGUACCAUAUCACCGUACCCCUUGAGACAGUUGUGUUGGCAGGCCGUGUGGUUCCUGGAGUGGCAUGCCACCUGGAAGAAUGGCUUGCUUCUGCAGAGGAUGCUGCUCUCUGAUUGAGCUGCUGUCCCCAGCCUGUCACUUGACAAUUUACCAGAAGGGAUUUCCUUCCUAUCAACCCCCCACUAGCAACUCUCCAUAAAUUUGUCGAUUCUCUGCUAGGCCUGAGAAUCUGAGUUACAUCUCCUGAAGCCGAACUCCACCUCUUGUGCUUUUUUGCUUGGGAUUAAAGGAGUUUUCUUUAGAAACAGUGCCAAGAAUGAUAUAAAAAACUACUUUUAAAGAAAAUGCCUAACAGGUUUUUAAUACAGUAAUCACUGUAGUUAUCCCUUUCUUUUCUAGUUCCUUGGUUUUCAGCUCAGGCUGCAUUCUCUAACUCAUACUGUGAAGACAAAGGUGUUUUUGAUUCAGAAAUAUAUGAAAUCUACAUAGUCUUAAUUUGUAAAAAAUAAAAUUCCUUAACCUUU